AUGAGUGGCGAAACCCCACUACACAUGGCGUGCCGUAGUUGCAAACCAGAUAUUGUUCGGCAUUUAAUAGAAUUCGUGAAAGAACACAAAGGCGAAAAGGUCGCCCCAUUAUACAUCGACUCAGUGGAUGAAGACGGAGCCAGUGCUUUACAUUUCGCUGGUCAGAUAACUAAAGAAGAAGUAAAAGUACCUUCAGCUGACCGGGUGGUAGUUAAAUGUCUAAUGCAAAAUGGGGCAGACGUGUCUCUUCAGACGAGGCAUAAUCAAGAAACCGCAUUUCACUUUUGCGCUAUCGCUGGAAAUAAUGACGUUCUUACUGAAAUGAUCACCGAUAUGUCGACCGCAGAUGUAAGUAGAGCAUUAAAUAAACAAAAUUCAAUUGGCUGGACGCCGUUGUUGAUUGCCUGUAACAGAGGACACAUGGAACUUGUCAGUACAUUGCUAUCUAAUCACGCUAGAGUUGAUGUAUUCGAUGUUGAAGGUAGAUCAGCGUUACAUCUAGCCGCUGAACAUGGAUACUUACAAGUCUGCGACGCAUUGUUGACGAAUAAGGCAUUCAUAAAUUCUAAAGCACGGAACGGCCGGACCGCAUUACAUUUAGCGGCGAUGAAUGGUUAUGCACAUUUGGUAAAAUUUUUGAUUAGAGAUCAUAACGCCGUUAUCGACGUAUUGACUUUGAAAAAACAAACCCCUCUACAUUUGGCAGCUGCCAGUGGCCAAAUAGAAGUUUGCAAACUGUUACUUGAACUCGGUGCCAACAUUGAUGCUACAGAUGAGUUAGGCCAAAAGCCGAUACACGCUGCGGCUCAGAAUAACUUUUCAGAAGUUGUUCAAUUGUUUCUUCAACAACAUCCGAACCUAGUGAUGGCGACCACUAGGGAUGGUAAUACGUGUGCCCACAUUGCCGCUAUACAAGGUUCAGUUAAGGUGAUCGAAGAACUAAUGAAAUUCGACAGAUCCGGAGUUAUAUCGGCUCGGAAUAAGUUAAACGAUUCGACUCCGUUACAAUUAGCUGCUGAAGGAGGUCACGCAGAUGUCGUACGCGUUUUAGUUAGAGCUGGAGCGUCCUGCACUGAUGAGAACAGAGCUGGGUUGACGGCAGUCCACUUGGCAGCUGAACAUGGCCAUACUAAUGUUUUGGAUGUUAUGCGAUCAACUAAUACAUUGAGAAUAUCGAGUAAAAAAUUAGGAUUGACGCCACUACAUAUAGCUGCAUAUUACGGCCAAGCAGAAACGGUUCGAGAACUAUUAUCACACGUGCCCGGAACUGUCAAAUCGGAUGCUCCAACGGGGGUAUCAUUAGUUCCAAUAUUGGGAGCGGAGUCUGGCUUGACCCCGCUACACUUAGCUGCUUACAAUGGUAACGAAAAUGUAGUGAGGCUGUUACUUAACUCAGCGGGAGUUCAAGUUGAUGCAGCGACUAAUGAGAAUGGCUACAAUCCAUUGCAUUUAGCUUGUUUUGGUGGACACAUGUCUAUUGUCGGUCUUUUACUCAGUAGAUCCGCAGAAUUACUUCAAAGCACCGACAGACAUGGGAAAACGGGGCUACACAUAGCUUCAACGCACGGCCAUUACCAAAUGGUAGAAGUCCUUCUCGGUCAAGGAGCUGAAAUUAAUGCAACGGACAAAAACGGUUGGACGCCUUUACACUGUGCGUCAAAAGCCGGAUAUCUAAACGUUGUUAAGCUCCUAUGCGAAUCGGGCGCUUCGCCUAAAAGUGAAACGAACUUGAACUGCGCCCCUAUUUGGUUCGCGGCGUCAGAAAAUCACAAUGAUGUCUUAGAAUAUUUACUACAUAAAGAGCAUGACACACAAUCGUUGAUGGACGAUAAAAAGUUCAUUUACAACCUUAUGGUGUGUUCAAAGAACCACAAUAACAUACCGAUCGAAGAGUUUGUUUUGGUCUCUCCAGCACCUGUUGAUACAGCAGCCAAAUUAUCUAAUCUUUAUAUUAAUUUAUCAACCAAGGAAAAGGAGCGUGCCAAAGACCUAAUAGCUGCAGGCAAGCAAUGCGAAGCCAUGGCUACGGAAUUGCUUGCUUUAGCAGCUGGAGCUGAUUCUGCGGGCCACAUUCUAACAGCGACGGAUAAUAGAAAUAUUGAAUUUUUAGAUGUUCUUAUUGAAAAUGAGCAAAAAGAAGUGAUAGCGCACACUGUCGUCCAAAGAUAUCUUCAGGAACUCUGGCGGGGAAGCCUCAAAUGGACAGGCAUCAAAAUAAUGUUUCUCUUUUUCAUCUUUAUAAUUUGUCCGCCAGUUUGGCUUAUAUUUUCUCUUCCACUAGGCCAUAAAUAUAAUAAGAUACCUAUAAUAAAGUUCAUGUCCUACUUGACGUCCCAUAUUUAUCUAAUGAUAUUAUUAGCUUUAGUGGCUAUAACGCCUAUAUAUAAUUCGAUAUUUAGAGAGAGCUUAGUCCCAAGAUGGUACGAGUGGAUAUUACUUAUUUGGUUAAGUGGCCUUCUUUUGUUCGAACUAACGAAUCCCAGCGAUAAAUCAGGAUUGGGGUGGAUUAAAAUUGCUGUUCUACUAUUAGGAAUGGUGGGAGUCGCGACCCACGUUGUGGGCUGGAUAUUCGUUUUACCCAAGUAUUGGCCGACAUUAAUGUAUUGUAGAAAUCAGUUCUUCGCCUUAUCAUUUCUUUUGGCUUGUGUACAAAUUUUGGACUUCUUGUCUUUCCACCAUUUAUUUGGACCUUGGGCUAUUAUAAUAGGAGAUCUUAUGAAGGAUUUGGGAAGAUUUUUAGCUGUACUAGCGAUAUUCGUUUUUGGUUUCUCAAUGCAUAUUGUAGCAUUGAACCAGCCGUUCAGAAAUAUAAAUAAACCAGAAGACAACAAAUACGCCAGAACUGCGAGGAGAAAACUGUUCUCAGACGGUAAGGGCUUCGUUUUGUCUUUUGAUCUCAUUGUCAUAAGCAUUAACAUACACGAUAACUUUGAUACAAAUCAUCACACAUCCGCAUUUAAAAAUGGAGGUAUUAAAAACUCAAACAGUUGGACUAUUCUUGCAAUAGAAAGUCUUCGAAUGAAACGACAGACAUGGACGGUCUCUGGGGAAUCAUACCGACGAAAACAAGGUCAAGUGGGCCCGACUUUGUCACCCGUCGAGGCGUUGGAGAAAUUGUUCUUUGCCCUUUUCGGCCAGACCACUCUGUCAGACCUGAACUACAUAUCGAGUGUGCGACCUCUCUGGACACAGAACCUCUUCAAGUUCGUCUUCGGUGGCUACUUGUUAAUGUCUGUGGUGGUGCUCAUAACGCUCCUCAUUGCGAUGAUGUCGGACACUUACCAACGAAUCCAGGCGCAAUCAGACAUCGAAUGGAAGUAUGGUCUAUCGAAACUUAUCCGAAACAUGCAUCGAACAAACACAGCCCCGUCGCCGUUGAAUCUCGUCACUACGUGGCUUAUGUGGUUAAUCCAUCGCUGUAGGGAGCGCCUGACAAAGAAGAAACGUCCGAGCUUAGUGCAUAUGAUCGGGUUGCAGAGACAAGAUCAGAUGAGUGCUAGGUCUAAAGCCGGUGCCAAGUGGCUGUCCAAGGUCAAAAGAGGCCAAGUGGUACCUAAAGACUCCACUCGCCUCUCUGUCGUUCAUCUCAGUCCACUUGGCUCCCAGCUGAGUUUCAACAACAUGACGAGAAUAGAGAAUGUGGUCGAUUGGGAAAUCAUAGCCAAGAAGUACAGAGCCCUAACGAGAGACGAGCCAGAAGACCCAGUCGCCAAGGACAGCGACGCAGAUACAGCUGAGAGUGAAUCGGAAAUCGUACCAAACAACAUCGCUGCGGUCCCGCCCUGA